CGUCCCUUCCUGUUUUACUGGCGAUCAGAGAGAAACAUUGACGCCGUGAUAGAGACGCGCAAACUCCGAUUAUGUCUGGAACCGCUCGCUCCGUCCAAGACCAGGAUUUUUGUUUGCCUACGUGAAACCGGCAACCAGCAAUGUCGCCUUAUAGCGCAUAUAUGACACUUGACGAGUUAUAGUCUACAAAUAUAUUUGUAAUCGCGCUGCUGCAACCCUUGCUCCUUCUUCUGUCAAUGAUUGUCCUACCCAUAUAAGCCUACUCAUGGCGGAGACCAAAAUUAUAUACCAUAUCGACGAAGAAGAAACCCCUUAUUUAGUGAAACUGACGGUUUCUCCGGAAAAAGUCACGUUGGCGGAUUUUAAAAAUGUCCUCAACAACCGUCCGGUCAACAGUUAUAAAUUCUUUUUCAAAUCUAUGGAUCAGGAUUUCGGAGUCGUCAAAGAAGAAAUCUCUGAUGAUAACGCCAAGCUGCCCUGCUUCAACGGCAGAGUGGUGUCUUGGUUGGUGUUGGCUGAAGGCACACACUCGGAUGGGGGAUCUCAGUGCACAGAGAGCCACAAAGAGCUGCCACCGCCCUUGGAGCGAACUGGAGGGAUUGGAGAUUCCAGACCCCCCUCUUUCCAACAGACUGGAUGAUGAUGAUGAGAUCUCUGUGUGGCGCACUGGCUUUUGUCAGACUCCUUGUGCAAACAAAAACCUCACUUGAUUGU